AUGGUACGUAUGAAAAACUAUUCGACCGCCAUUGUUAAUUCAUUUGAUACUUCUAUUUCCAUCUUAAAUAAGAUUGUUCAAUCUAUGGAAAUGGAUGCAUCAUUUGUUGAACAAACAAGUCAACAACCAAAGACAAGGUUACGAACAAUUGAUACUUCAAAUCUUACACCGGAUGGCUAUACUUGGAGAAAAUAUGGGAAGGAGUCAAUUCGCAACACAAAUCACCCCAGGGAAUACUAUAGGUGUGCAUACAAAGAAGAUCAGAAUUGCCAAGCGACCAAACAAGUCCAAAAAAUAUUGGAUAAUCCAACGACAUAUAGGAUCACUUACUACGCCGAACAUACAUGCCAACCUCUACUCUACAAUAACAACGCCCCUAACAUCAAUAUGUUAUAUUCUUCUGAAAAAAACAAUUGUACCAAUUUCAUAAGUUUUGAAUCCAAAAUCCCUAUCAUUCACCCCAAGCAGGAAACAUUGAACAAUAAUGUUGCCCUUAAUGCAUCACAUUCAAUGGCUACUAUUGAUUGUCCACCUUCCAAACCCGUUGAUUCGGUGACAAUAAUGGAGCCAUUGCUAGCUGAUGAAAUCGCUUGUCUCAACCAUGACGUGCUGUUUUCACCAAGAUUAUUCACGAGUCCAAAUUACUUGGCUAGCACAAAUAUGGAGGCACAAGAUUACAUUUUGAUGGCCGACAAUUCUUUGGUUAUGAGUGACGCUUUGAUGGAUCUCCCUCUUUGGGACUAAAUCACGAUCAUUAAGCCCGAGUCCAAAUUAAGUUCCCAUUAAUCCCUUUCCAUGGGACUAGCUAGCUAGUUAAGUAGCUAUGUAGCAUAGUAUGUGGUUAAUUAGAUAAAGAUGUAUAAGCUAUAUUAAAUUCUUCAACGUGCAUUAGAUUCUUUGCAAGUGAGCUUAUAUUUGUUAUAUAUUCAUGAAUAACAAACUAAAGUGUUCUUGAAUUGUACGAAGAGUGC